AUGCUGUGCCGAAACAUUUUCGCGAUCGGCACUGAGGAGACCUUGGAUGAGGAUCUGACAAUUUCUGCCAGGCAUCUCACCAUGGCAUCUUGCGAGCUUGCAACAGAUGCCGAAUUGCUGCAGAGUUGGGAUCGCCUUGCCCAGCAUUCGCAGUCCGACAACAAGGGGACCUUCAAGAUGAGACAACAAGCUUCUGGCUGGACGUUCUCGGAGGCUGCCUUGCUCAUGCCCCUGCAGCAUUUCCUGGAGACGUACUGUGUUCUCCCUGAAGUCCAGGUGUACAAGGAUGCCUGCGUAUCAUGGUUCAGGUUGCUCGACAUGCUGGUGGUGUCGGCUACGAGCAAGCCCCAACCUGGCCAGGUAUUGGCUGCCUGCGAGCAUGCCAUGAACUUGUCUGUGGCAGCAGGUUGGGGCGACAGGCUGAGACCCAAAUUCCACUGGGCACUCCAUUACGAAGCCUGCCUGAACCGCUUUUCUUGUUUACCUGCUUGUUGGUCCUUGGAGAGGAAGCACAAGGUGGUCCGGAAGUAUGGCUCAGCUUCCACGAACACGAGGCGCUUCGACCAGAGCUUGCUGGAAGAAGUGACAGCAGAGCAUCUUGCAAUUCUUUGCAAGGCUGUCCACUUUCAACCAGCAGCUCAUUUGGUCGAUCCGUACCCUGUGCCUCCUAAGCAGGUGUCGGCGCUGGUAGCUGCCAACAUUAUCACUGCCACUGAUAACUGUUGUUGCAGCAGCCUCUGCCACCUUGCUUCUGGUGCUCCGGUUUCCAAGAAGGACUUUGUGCUCCAUGAGCCCCCUGCCCAUGCUCAGGGACCAAUGAGGUUCUGCUGUGGAAGGGUGGAGCAUCUCCUGCAGGUUGGUGAUGUUGCAGCUGCAGUUGUCUCUGUUUGCACCCCUUUGUCCAUCGACUCAGAUCGUCGAGUGGCGAAAUGGCAACACAAGCCCAGCGACAUGUACAUUAUGGAGGCAGAUGCCAUGAUUUGUAGCACUAUCCACAACCUUAGCGAUGAUCAGGUCACGACCCUUCUCCCUGGUCAUUUGUGUCACCCUGCAUGA